AUGGCUGUAACGCGUAGCGCUCACAACAAGGCCAACAACAAGUCAAAGAAUCUUGCAAAGCAAGUCGCCGCCAAACGAGUCAUUCCAAAGAAGGCCACUCAAAAGGGAAUAAAAAUCAGCAACAAGGCUGGCGAUAGUAUAUCUAGGCUCAGACUUCUCGAUUUGCCCUUGGAAAUUCGACAGAUUAUCUACCAAUAUGUACUUGUCAAAGAGAAUCGAAUUGAAAUUGUCUCCCCAUUGGACACUCUUUCUCGCUCACAUCCUCAAAGAAGAAAACGCAAGCCACCAAAGGGCGCUACUUCUUUACUCCAAGUGAACAAGGCAAUACAUCAUGAUGCUGCGCAGUAUUUCUACGAGAAUAAUCAUUUCGUCAUUAGACUUUCUGUCAAUGCCCUACAUCGCCUGGACCCCUUCACAUGUACUGAGAAAUCGAUUACUCGGGCCAAUAACCACGGAUUCAGAUGUUUUCUCACUCGGGUGCCGCGGUUCUAUGUUUCAUGCAUCAAAGAACUUACCAUUCUGAUUUCUUUUGCUUUAGAUUAUUCUGAAUUAUGGCCUUGCAAUAUUGUAUCCUAUCGUAUGAGUCCUUCUGCAGCCUAUAUUUCUAAUAGCGUUCUGAGACAGUUCCAGGAUAUGACAACUGUCACUCUUAGACGCUUUUCCGGUCUACAAGUAGUCAAUAUCAUCUUCAAUGAUGUCGAUAGUGAGAGAGAACCCCUAGAUUCUUUUCGACCGACGUCCCAUCCUUGGCAAAUAGAGCAAAGUCUAUUCAACUCGUUCCACAACCUUUUCCAAUAUAGCAACCUCGAAAGGAUAACCCUUGGGAUGCAUUUACAGGGCGACCCACAUUCAUAUCUGUUCUGUCCCAGGCACUAUCUGACACGCGGUGGUCUCGUUUUGUGCGUAAUUAAAGACUCGAUGAAAAGAGCUUUGAAGAAUCAGGAUGGCGCUUGGGAGUCUCCUGAAACAAAUGAAAUUUGGAUGCAUAUUAAGGAUGAUAUUCUAUCGUCAAGGGACCAAAGAGAAUGUGAGAGCGUGAAAGGAGUUUUUAAUGGCAUAUUUCAAAGAAAGAAGGAUUGGAGUUGA